CAGAGAGAAAGCGUCGCAUUACACCAACCGUGUUUCCAUGAGAAAGCAAGCACCCGAGAGCCGAAAAUGAUUCGGUCCUGACAGGCCGUCGAACUUUGGAUGUACUUUGAUUUGCGUCGUCAAUUGUUUUUAAAUAGUUGGUCUGCAAGUAUUGAAUUCGGAGUGUGAGACGAAUAAACUUGUAACGUUAGUUGGAAAACUCGGAGAAGCACGCCAUCCUCAUCGGAUGGACAAAUCCACGAUGAAAGCCAUGGUCCCUAUUCUCUUUGCUUUGACUUUUUUGGGUCAUGGGGCAGCAGAGCUCGGGUUUGCAGGAGACGUCCAGAACCGCACAGCCAGACAGAUGAGCUGCAUGGAGAACCAAGAGUACCCGCACAACAGCUUCUGCUGCAAGAACUGUGAAGCUGGCACUUAUGUGAAAGAGAAGUGUAGCAGGGACCAGGAGAAGGGCAUUUGCUCCCCGUGUGAGAAGGGCACGUACGCCGAGCACCCCACAGGCAUGGAGCAGUGUCUGCAGUGUAGCCAGUGUCACAGAGAUCAGAUCAUGGUUGCAGAUUGCACCAGCACAAGCAACACCAAAUGUGAAUGCAAAUCUGGUUUCUUCUGCCUGCCAGACGAGCCGUGUGAAGUGUGCAAGAAAUGCACCAGGUGCAAAGCUGAUGAGGAAGAAGUGAGCCGUUGUACUGCGACAUCCAAUACAAAAUGCAGGAAGCGCACCUCUUAUCCGACUGAAGGUCCAACAGACAAGCCAUCGGCAUCAAAUAACACUAAUCCUAUAGCGGUUGUCAUACCAAUUGUGGUUCUGAUCAUAUUGAUCCUGCUUGGAUUAUUUUUAUGGAAGAAAUGUCAACGUCAUCAAAGUGACACUGCUGGUGAUUUGAAAGAAGUGAAGAUUCCCAUAGACAAGUGCCCAAGAUCAGAAGAGGAACAAGAGAACAGCCGCAAUGCUGGAUUAGAGAGGGAGGAGGAGCAACGCCCAGAGUCCCGCCCCUUGUUGACGCAAGAAACCCAGGAAACAGGUAGCAAGAGUAUACCUGUGGAGGAUGAAGACCGUGGAUUGGGCGACAGCUUGCCAAACACAACCAGCUCUUCCCAAACCAGUCUGUCUGCUCUACCUCCUGCUGUCUACAUGGAAGAAUUGCCUCGAUCGAGUCCCCCGGCCCCGAGGCAGACUGAGAGAGAUAUAGAGUCGUGGGCGAAGGAUGACUGUCCUCCCAGAAAACUUGUUCCUGUACUUGGUGAGGAGGAGUCUCUGAGCAAGAGUUUCGACCUGUUUGACACCCUGGACGUGCGGUACCACAAUAAGUUCUUCCGGAGCAUCGGCGUGAGCGACAACGCCAUCAAGGUGGCCGAAACAAAUACCAAUGACAAAGUCUACGAGCUACUGCGGGUGUGGAUGCAGAAAGAGGGCCUGCGGGCAAACAUUAACACGUUACUGCAAGCUCUUCUGGACCUAGACCAGCGAUAUUCAGCAGAAAACAUAGCCUCCAAGGCUGUUGAACGAGGCUUCUACAAAUAUGAAUGAUGUCUUUUCAAGACUACAAGACAGUUGUCGAGUAAAAGAACAAAAUAAUUGAGAGGUGUAGAUUCCUUUUGAAUUCUCUCCAAUGGGCCUGUGGGUCUUAUUGGAUGAACCUGAUGUCCCGUCACGGAGACAUUGGUGAAUCGCCUCUCUGUAGCGCCCAGCCCACGAUGGGUUUAGAAGCCAACACUGGACCCUUUUCCAAGGAUUUACACUGGCUAGCAGUAGAGGGCGCUGUGUUCCCUCUAAAAUGUGCAUUCUAGUGUUACUUGAUGCACUGGCCUCAGUGCAUUGUCGAUGAACUCAAAUGAACAAAUAUGCCUUAAGAUGAGCUGUGGGUUUUGAAUUUUAGAUAUACCUUUAUGUCAGCAGUUUAGGGUUACAUUUGAAGUUUAGAACCAUUCAUUUUACUUUGGUUGUUACAGAAUAUCUCAUAUGCUAGGCUGCCCUCGAAUUAUGCCAGUCUGUGAAAGGUGAUUUUUGCCACACACAUCCCCAACUCCCUCCCUCCAAUGACGUUUCUCCAAGGCUGAGUUGUUCUUCACCUUCUCCACCUUUCUUGCCUGUUCCGUUGUUAUAUUUAAAUAAGUGACGUAUUUAUUUGUAUUGUGUAAUAACGUAUUAUUUAUACCUGUUACCAAUAUUCACCUACAUUAAGUGUUCCUGGAGCAUUUUUGUGCCGUAACUGAGAUGUUCACAAGACAAAUCCUUUCCGGUCCUUUUACAAGCGGAUUUAGAGCCAUAUCCACAUAGUUUUUUCUGUAGCUAAGACAUUUCUGAAUUAACCCUGAGCAUGUCGCUUACUAUACUCAUCAUCAUUGUUUGAAUCAGAAAAAGCGUCCUUCGUUGUGGACAUGUUGUUGAUGUGUAUGAUGAAAGAUAAAGAAAAAGCUUGAAAGAGUGCCACAGUCAGUAUCUCUUGGGUGCUUGUAACUGCUUCCACAGGUUGCAUUAAUGUCAAGGAUAAGGAGGCAUUUCAAACUUCUGCUCGCUGUUCUUGUUUUUUUUUUUUUUUUUUUUUUUUUUUUAUGGGGUAGUGCACAGGUACGUGUUUUUAAAAUAGCUAAAAGAUGAAGGAAAUUUAUGCUCAUCCAGAAACUACUAGCGUUUUAUCUAGUAUGUACAUAGUCAAGAAUUCUAUUAAAGGAAACUAAUAGAUAUAUAUUUAUGGAAGCCCUAAGAGUGUAGAUGUAAUGAAGUACUGCCUAAAAACCAAACAGAAGGAACAAAUUGAAAUUUAAAAUGAACAAACGGAAUAGAUGUUGUCUAAAUAAACAUGGCUUCUAAAUCAAUUUUACACAUCAGUGAAUGAACUGUGACCUCUGACUCGGCUGUAUAGCUAUGUAGAUGUAUCGGUGUAUGAAAUAGGAUGGAUAUAUUUUAUGGAAAGCUGAAAUCAGGUCAGGACAAAAUGGCUCCCCAUCCCAAUUGAGCUUCCCCAUUUAAUUUUGAAAUUGUAGAGCUAACAUACAGUGCAGGCACUGCCACCUAUUGACGUAGAGUUGAAUAGCAAGAGAAAACCUGCAUCAAUUUCAAGGGACCUUUUUUCACAUCUUAACUAUUUGUUUGUUUUUUUCUCACAUCUUUUAUCUUUUUGCACUGAAUUUAACAUUGAGUGUCUGUUCAGAUGUAAGUGCAGGAGCUCGAGCAGCUCAUGCCAUCUUUGUCUGUUUUCUGAGGUUUUUAUACAUGUUUUUAGUGUUAUAUUGAAGCCACAUUGUUUGUGCCUUAAUGCCUCUAACAUACAGUAGAUGCAUGCCUCAGUGCUCGCUCUUUCUACACUUUAUUUUCCACAAUAUCUCUCUACGAGUAGAAGUUUUGUAUCUGCUUUUUUCCCCUUAGACAAUUGUUUGCUCGUUUGUGAAUGUCAAAUGUUUGCUGUUGCAAAGUUGUUUGUAGAAUGUUUUUGUUUUAAAACAAUAA